AUGGACAGCAGCUCCUGUCAGAUGGAGGUGAGGUCGGCACUGCUCUUCCUGUUCUUCUGGCUGUCCGCCCUGGCCGACGACGGUAAAGUCUUCUCGGACAGAUAUGCGGUGUACUGGAACAGCACCAACCCCAGGUUCCAGCAGGAGGAGUACACAGUGGAGGUGGCCAUCAACGACUACCUGGACAUCUACUGCCCCCACUACGAGGGGCCGCUCCCACAGGAGCAGAUGGAGCGCUACGUCCUCUUCAUGGUCAACUACGACGGCUACACCACCUGUGACCACCGCAUGAAGGGCUUCAAACGCUGGGAGUGCAACCGGCCCCAGAGCCCCAGUGGACCUCUCAAAUUCUCUGAGAAGUUCCAGCUCUUCACCCCCUUUUCUCUGGGCUUCGAGUUCCGCCCGGGACACGAGUACUACUACAUCUCGUCUCCUCACCCAAGCCUGGCUGGAAAACCCUGUUUGAAGCUGAAGGUCUACGUCAAGCCCACCAAUGAUUCAGUGUAUGAGUCUCCAGAGCCAUUCCUAACAGAUGAGAGUUCGGGCGCAAGCGGAGUGGUUCUCUCCUGUGUGUCUCUCCUGGUGGCUUUGCUCCUCACACUCCUCCUCACCUCCUCCUCCUCCUCCUCCUUCUCCUCCUCCUAG